AUGCGUUGGAUGAUCAGUUGGGUGGCUGGCCCCACUGGAUACUGCAAUUCCAACCCUGGAGAUGCCGUAUUGAGCUACAAUGCGUCUGUCGGCUUCAUGCACCUACCAUCCGCCAACCGACAACAAGGAAGACACUAUCAUAGUGUCAGUGAGAUUUACAUUAUAUUACGAGGCCAUGUUUUAGGAUAUGAUGGUCACGGUGUCACCCAUCGGGCUGGUCCUCUGGAUUGUAUUUACAUCCCCAGAGGCGUUCCGCAUGGAGUUCGCUCCUGCGGAGAAGGGCCGGUCGAUUUAAUCUGGGUUCACGAUGCGAUUGAGCGCAAAGGUAUUUCAAAAUACUGGGACGAAUCGAUGGCGAAUCCCCAAGAUGAAUCUAAGGAGGAGAUCAAGGUACUUCCAUUGAAUGAUCUUGAGCCCAACUGGGACUAUGAGCAUACCAAGGAGCCUGGUCAGAACCAUUGGAGUAUCAAUUGGGUCGGAGGAGUAAAAGGAUCCACGAAUUUCAGUCCCGCAUUAGCACUCCACAAUGACAAGGUAGCAGUUGGACUGACAGUUAUUCCUCCGGGAAAUAAGCAAGUUAUGACUCGCCCUAUCGCUGAGCUGAACGUCGUCGUCCGUGGAAAAGUUGUGGUCGAUAUCGGAAAUGGCUACGAGGAACUUCACAGGAUGGACGCAGUCUAUAUACCCGCAGGCAAUUCUCGCACCCUUAGAAAUAAUGGAGAUGAGGAGUCAUAUAUCGUUUGGGUGCAUGAGAAGCCAUCAGCUGCCGAUACAGAUAUAGUCUCAUGA